AUGGACAAAUUAACUGAUAAAUCUGAUACAUCUUCAGAUGACCAAAAAACGUCAUCUGUUGAUAGUGAUAAUGAGGCAAGAAUUGAUGAGAGAUUAACUAAAGACUCUGGUAGUAUUUAUCAAAAUAUUCAUACAUAUAAUACAACUAUUAUUUUAAAACCUAAAGAUAAUUUUAAUAAAAUUGUUGAUUCUAAAGAAGAAAAAAUGAGAAAAAGAUUAGAACAAAUGUAUUAUUUAGGAGAAAUACGGUGUUUUGGAUUUACAUAUCCACUUAGUUCCAAGGCUAACUUUUUUUUGAGUCAUGCUUUGAAAGAUUAUUAUGAUCACAAUAUACUUCUUAAAUUUGUUCCUUGCACAUUUGGUCAUAUUAAUAAUAAUAAACCUUUAGGACAAAAGGAUCUGUCUAAUGGAGAAAUUUUAAUAUCAAAAGAUACUAAUUUCGAAGCAAACGAAAUUUCUAAAAAAUUGGAAGCAGGAAUGAUGGCAACAAAAAAUUCUUACAAAUUACAUUCAGAAAAAAAACGUAUAUUUGAAAAUGAUACAAACAAAUUUAAUGAUGUUAAAAUGAAAGAUUUAUAUACUGUUGGAGAACAAAAGGAAAAUAAUGAAUUAUCAAUGACUGAGAAACCAAUAACUCGAUAUUAUUUUACUCCAACUGAAGAAGAUAUUAUGAAAAAAGAAGCAGAUGAAACAAUUGAUCGAUUUAUUAAAGAAAUUUCCGAAAAAGAUAAUGCUGAAAAAAAACAUUUGGAUGAAGUUAGUAAUGGUAAUGAUAAAGAUAUAGUAUUUAUAGCUGAGUUUCCUGCUCAAAAUACAACAAAACUAAAUUCUAUUGAUAAAGAAAAUGAUGCUAAAUUGGAUAGAUUAUUAUCUAUAAUCUUAGAUUAUGAAGAAUAUGUGGAUAAUGUAGUAAUUUUAAAGACAGGAGAAAAAUCUGAGUGCAUCUCACUAACAAAAUCAAAUUUAAAAGAAGAAAAAAAUGUUACUGAAGAAAGUAUUAGCCAUGAUAUAGUAUCUGUUGAAAAAAAUGAAGAUAAAUGCGGUACAGAGAAAUCUUUAUGUAAUCAGUUGAUAAGCAAGACAAAAAUAGCAGAACCUUUAAAAACUGUUGUUUUCCAUAAUUCUAAGAAACCUAUAUGCAAUGAAAAAGAGGAAGUAAAUAUGUUAAGAAACUUUUCAUUUAAUUUAUUCAGUGGUAAACCACAAUUAGCAACACCACUAAAAAUUACUAACAGUAUUAGUUCUAAAAAUUCUAAUUAUGAAGAAAAUAAUGAAAUUAGUAUUUUUAAAAGUUCUUCUUUAAACUUAUUGACAAGUAAAAUACAACCAAUGGGAUACCGCAAAACUACUAACAUUGAAUAUUUUAACUACUGUAAACAAGGAGAUAAAUCCAAUAUUUUAAGAUGUUCUUCAUCAGAUUCAAUGACAAGUAAAUUAUCAAUAUUUGAACCCAAUAAAUUUUUUGACUCUGUUAAUUUUAAUUGCGAAGAAACUUUUGGAAAUAACAAUGCAAGAAGCCAUCCAUUUAAUUCAUUUAAAAAUCAAAGUCAACCAAUAGAAUUUAAAAAACUUGUUGAUUCUGAAAAUUCGAAUUGCGAAAUAAAUGAUGAAAAUAGUGUUUUAAGAGGUCUUUUAUUUGAGUCUUCAACAACUGAAAAGCAAACAUCAAAAUUAAAUGCAGUCAUUACUUCUGAAGAUUUGAAUUGUGAAGAAAAGUAUGGAACUGACAAUUCAAGCGGAGCUUCUCUCAUUUCGUUGAUAACUGAAAGACAACCAUCAGUAACCCAAGAAACCGUUGAAUUUGUUAGUUCUGAAGAUUCUAAAUGUGAAGAAAUAAAUAAAACUGGCAAUUCAAGUAACCCUUUGUCCAUCUCAUCGGUAGUUAAAAGACAGACAUCAGAACCACAUCAAAUUCUUACUCGUUUUAUUUCUGAAAAUUCUAAUUGUGAAGAAGAGGUUGAAACUAACAAAUUAGGAAGCUCUUCACCCAAUAUAUUGACUGACGAAAAACAGUCACCAGGAUCCUACGAAAAUACUUCUUAUGUUAGUUCUGAAGAUUUUAAUUGUGAAGAAAUAGAUGAGACUGGUAAUUCGAGAGGUUCUUCAUCCGACUCUUUGACAAAUAAAAAGCAAGAAGUAGAAUCUAACAAAAUUGAUACCUUUGAAAAUUCUAAUUUUGAAAAAAUAAAUGAAACUGACAAUUCAGGUAACCCUUCGUCUAUCUCAUUGGUUAUUAAAGGACAGCCAUCAGAAUCUCAAGAAAUUGUUUCUUGUGUUAAUUCUGAAGAUUUUAAAUGUAAAGAAAUAAAUGAAACUAACAAUACAGAAAGCACUUCAUUCAACCGAAUGGUAAUUGAAAAUCAACCAAUAGAAUCCAACGAAACUGUUGUAUGUAUUAAUUCUAAAGGUUCUAAUUGUGAAGAAAUAAAUGAAACUGACAAUACUGGAAGCACUCCAUCCAACUCAAUGACAAUUGAAAAUCAACCAAUAGAAUCGAACGAAACUGUUGCAUGUAUAAAUUCUAAAGAUUCUAAUUGUGAAGAAAAAAAUGAAGCUUAUAAUUCAUGUAACCUUUUGCCCAACUUAUUGAUAAUUGAAAAACAGCCAUCAGAAUUUCAAAAAAUUGUUGACUCUGUUAAUCCUGCAAUAUCCGAUUGUAAAGAAAUAAAUGAAAUUAACAAUUCAAAAAGCGCUCUAUCAAACUUGUUGACAAUCGAAAAUCAACCAAUAGAAUCCAACAAAAUUGUUGAAUGUGUUGAUUCUAGAGAAUCUAGUUGUGACGAAAUAGAUGAAACUGACAGUUCAAAAGAACUUUUAUCUAACAUUUCAACAGUUAAAAGACAAACAAUAGAAUCAAAUAAAGUUGUUGCAUCUUUUAAUUAUGAAGAUUCUAAUUGUAAAGAAAUGGAAGAAAUUAGCGAUCUUAAAAGUCCUCUAUCAACCUCAUUGGCAAUUGAAAGACAGCAAACAGAAUCCUAUAAAAUAGUUUCCUGUGUAAGUUUAGAAGAUCCUAAUUGUAAAGAAAUAGAUGGAAUUAAUAAUUCAAGAAACCUUUCAUCAAGCUUAUUGACAAUCGAAAAUCAAAUAGUAGAAUCCAACGAAAUUAUUGCACACGUUAUUUCUGAAGAUCCUAAUCAUAAAAAAAUGGAAAAAAUUGACAAUCCGAAAAGUCCUUUAUCCAACUUAUUGGCCAACGAAAGACAACAAAUGGAGUCCUACGAAAUUGUUGACUCUGUUAAUUCUGAAAUUUCUUAUUGUGAAGAAAAAGAUGGAAUUAACAACUUAAGACGCCCUUCAUCUACCACUUCAUUAACAAGUGAAAGACAACCAACAGAAUUUCACGAAAUCACUGCUUCUGUUAAUUCUGAAGUUUCUAGUUGUGAAGAAAAGAAUGAAACCGACAAUUCGAGAAGUCCUUCAUGUACCUCAUUGACAAGUGAAAAACAACUAAUAAAUUCUUACAAAAAUGAUACUUGUAUCAAUUCUGAAGAAUCUAAUUAUGAAGAAAAAGAUAAAAUUAACAAUGCAAAAAUUUCUUCGUCUAAUAAAUUGGAAAAUGAGAGACAACAAAUAGAAUCUUACGAAAUUGUUGAUCCUAAGAGUUCUAAUUAUGAAGAAAGAGUUGGGACUAACAGUCUAAGAAGUUCAUCGUUUAACAAAUUGACAGAUGAAAUACAACCAAAAGACAUUGAUGGAAACGUUGUUUUUACUAAUUCUGGAAAUUCUAAUUGUGAAGAAAUGGAUGGAAAAAACGAUUUAAGAAACCCUAUAUCGAACCCAUUGAUAAUUAAAGAGAAGACAUCAGAAUCUCAGGAAAAUGUUGCUAGUAUUAUUUCAAAAGAUUCUAAUUGUGGAGAUAGUGAUGAAAAAAAUGUUUCAUUUGAUUUAUUGACAGGUGAUCAAAAAUUAGCAAAGUCUCAAGAAACUGUUGCUUGUAGUAUUCUCAAAGAAACUGUAUUAAAUGAAAAGGAAGAAGUCACAGCUUCAAAAAAUAGUUCAUUCGAUUCAUGUACGAGUAAAUUACAACUAUCUAAAUCUCCAGAAAGUGUUGUUUGCAAUAAUUUUGAAGAAUCAAUGCGUAAAGGGGAAGAUAAAAAGAAUGUUUCAGAGACUUCAGAAACUAUUUCUGCUGAUAAAAAUUUGGAAAUUAUCAACAAAUGUGAUAUUACUGAUGAAAAAAUAAAUUUUAAUAAUGAUUCGAAAAUAGAAGAAGCAGUUGAAUGUAUAGAAGAAUUGAAGGUUAAAACUUCAGAGACAAAAAGUAUUAACAAGAAUGGGGAAGAUAAAUCUAUUUUAAAGUGCUCUGACGAUAAGGAUUUUACAGAUGGGUUACAACAUCUGGAACAACCUGAAAUUAAGGAAGAAUCAGUCAUUAAUGAAUCAAGUGAAUUAAAUGUUAUAGAUAAUGACCAACAAAGCACUCCAAAAAAAACAUAUGAAAAUUCUGGAAAACCGGAAACUACUGAAAUAUCUACUUUCUCAGAAACGGUAUCUACAGUAAGUGCGAAUAAAAAAGUAAAUAAUUUAAGAGAAUGUAAAAAUGUAUCAAUAAAUAAUAAUCAAUCAAUGCGCUUAAGACCUAAAAAAAUCAAAGAAGAAUUGAAGGAUAAUAAUACUAAAUGUGCUCCAUCAAAAAGUCGGAAGAGAACAUCAGAGGAAGUGAGAAGAAAGUGGAUAUGUCCAGUUUGUGAAAUAUCUUACGUUAAAAGAAAAACUCCAAUGGUAUGUUGUGACAAAUGUGAAAUAUGGCAUCAUUUUAAAUGUAUUGGUAUGACUGAAGAACCAUCUGAAGAUGAUCCAUGGUAUUGUAAGGAGUGUCGUGGAAAAUCUGAGUCACCUAGCAGGAAAAGAAAACUUUCUAAUAAUGAUGAAGUAGAGGGAAAUUCAAGUAAAAGAAGCAAAUAA